AUGGGGAAGUCCGCAAUUACAAAUAAUAAUUUUAUACCAUCAUCAUCUAUUAAUUCAUUAAUACCAUCAUCAAGAAACAUAUACAAUUCACAUAAUAAAACGGAUUCUAAUACUGACUAUUACAUACCAUCAUUAUCAUACAAUAGAAACAGUUUUGACUUCACAGAUUAUAAUAGUCAACUCAAUAAUAACAACAAUAACUACCAAAUUUGCAAUAACAACAAUAACAACAAUAACAACAACAAAUUAAUUGGAUCAUCUCAAUCUUUUGAGAAUAAAAAUGAUCAAUUGCUCAUAAGUAAUAAUAAAAACAUUAAUAAUAAUCAAAGAGGAGUAUCUUAUUCUGAUCGAAAUCUAACAACUGGGAAUUUGAUCUAUAACAACAAAGAUAUAAAAAACACAAGAUCAAAGAGCUCUCAACAACAUCUAAUUCAUUCAAGUAAUCAAUACUAUUUAACUCCAGCUUCAAAUAAUACAUCACCUAGCCAAUCCAUUGAUCAUAAAUAUACAUCAUACAUGAGUUAUAUCCAACAAAGUCAACAACAUCCCCAAAAUCAGCAAACUAUGAAUCAUCAUUCACAGCAACAACCUCAUCAUCAACAACAACAAACAAUGCAGAAUCCACAGCUGUUUACUAAUCCCUACUCAAGUAAUUCUAUAUAUCAACAAAGAUCUCAACAACCAUCAUCACAACAAACCAGUCCGUCAAUACCGCAGCAACAAAGUCAACAACACUUGGCAAGCCGUGCUAGGGGAGAUUCAAUAUUUUUACCUCCUCCAAUAACUUCCAAAUCAAAUACGGAUCAAGCGUAUGAAACAACUUCGGGAAAUAUAAGUCAAAGCAACUUAUUAGGUUCGAGAUCAAAUAGUAUAUUUAGCUCCUUAAUUAAUAUUCCUGGAUCUAAUGGGAACUCUGUUAGUGAACCGUCUUCAUCAAUGAUGCAUUCUCAGCAACAACAACAAAAUCAACAACCACAACAACAAAAUCAACAGCAGCAACAGCAAAAUGAACCGUUUAACUCCGCUGGCGGAAACAAAUCUUACACAAAUAAUCCAAUACCCAAUUUGCCGCCUACAACAACAAGAUCACGUCAAAUGUCCUUAAUACCCAAUCAAGAAUUUACUGUAGAAGAUUUAGAAAAUUUAUUUGGUACCAAUAAAGAGAGUAUGGCUAAUUUGUUUGCAUGGCAACAAGGUGAUCCAAAAUUAUCAUUUAGUGGAUUAUCAGCUCAAAAUACGGGAAACAAUGGCAAAUCAAAAGCUGGCUCUAUUGAUUUGUCUGCUUGGAUGGAUGGAUCUAAUCAACCUGGUUCAAUUGGAUUUAGUAAUAGUAUUACAGAAAUUGUUCAAAAUAUGAUUUCCAAUGGUUCAUUAGAUUUAUCAAAUAUGAGUACUCAAGAAAGACGAGAUUCUAUUUUGAAAAUCAUUAACGAUCAAAACAACUUAAGAAGUCAAAAAAAUCCAACAAAUGCCAAUUCAAAUGCUAGUGCAAAUUUAAGACAAGAUAUAUUUGAUAAGAAUAAAACAAGUACAAUUAAGGAAGAAAAUUCUCAACAACUGCCUCAAGUAGUCUAUGGUCAAACUCAAAAACGUGAAAAAGAUGUAUCACCAACCUCAUCAAUAUCUUCAAAAGCUUCCAAACCAAAAGAUGAAGCCCCACAAUCUCCAAAGACGUCUCCGACAAUGUUCAACAAUUCUCAAACACAAGAUCCUUAUUCAAAUAAUCAAAGACCAUCAAUGAAUUCCGUAUCACAAAAAUUAUUCCUGAAUUCAAUAAAUCCAAUUUCUCCAAAUAAUUCUUAUCCUUAUUCACUGUUUUCAAGUUUUAAUAAUUCUUUAGGAUUUCAAGGGAUGCCAUCAGUAGGAAAUCGUCAAAAUAGUUUUGUGGGGAAUUAUCAAUAUCAAAUUCCGCCUCAAUCCCAACCACCGCAACAAAUGAUGCCUCAACAAAUACGUUCCCUGAUUCCAUCUCAACAACCUUAUCAACCUAUAUCAUAUCCACCUCAAACAAUUUCAUCAUUUCCUCAACAACAAUAUUACUUACCACCACAACAACAACAUCAACAACAAUUGUUUCAGCAACAACAUCAUCAACAUCCACAACAAUUUCAGCAACAACCACUACAACAACAGCAACAAAUCUAUCAACAGCCCCAGCAGCAACAAUUAUCAACUGCCUCUGACAACAAAAGACCAAGGAAACAAUCGACCAAGCGAACAAGAAAAUCAAAAGAUACAUUAUCAACUUUACCAACUCCUAGUGUUCCUGAAAAUUCCAAUCUUGUACCAGCACAACAAUUUGCACAAUCUGAAGAUGGAAGACCAUUAUUAGGAGCAACAAAGAUUGAUCAAUUAAUGUUGGUUAUUCAAGCAAGAGAAAAAGGAGUCACAAAAGCUAUUAAUCAAGGUCCUGAUGGAAGUAUAUUAGCAUCACCUGAACAUUAUAAUCAAGGUCCCUUUGAUGAAGAUCAAUCAGGGGUUUUACCAAAACCAAUUAGUUUAGUUGGAGGAGUUGAUAAACCUCACAAACCGAAACAUACUAUUGUUAAAAAUGAACAACCCAAUCAACAAACUAAUAUUGAUGAAAAUGAAGAUGAAGAAGAAUCAAGAAUUAAAAAACGUAAAACUAAAAAUCAACAAUGUCCUUAUUGUUUAAAAUAUUUUACACAAUCAACUCAUUUGGAAGUACAUAUAAGAUCUCAUAUUGGUUAUAAACCAUUUGAAUGUACAUAUUGUCAUAAAAAAUUUACUCAAGGUGGAAAUUUAAGAACUCAUUUAAGAUUACAUACAGGUGAAAAACCAUUUACAUGUGAUGUUUGUACAAGAUCAUUUAAUAGAAAAGGAAAUUUAGAAGCUCAUAAAUUAACUCAUGAAAAUGUUAAACCUUAUGAAUGUAAAUUAGAUAAUUGUGAUAAAUCUUUUACACAAUUAGGUAAUUUAAAAUCUCAUCAAAAUAGAUUUCAUUUAGAAACUUUAAAUAGUUUAACUCAUAAAUUAGCUGAAUUAAAUGGUGAUGCAAUAAAUAAUUUACCAAUUGAUGAAAAAAAUUUAUUAAUUUAUUUUAAAGAUUUAUAUAAAAAUUCAAAUAAGGGGAUAAGAGGUAGAGGUAAACAACAUAAAGAUGAAGAAAAAAAGGCUAAUGAUGGUGGUAAUGCAGCAGAUGGGAAAUGA